GUCGGGUUAGAACAAACACCUGUCUUAUCCAACAUGUCAGAGCUGACGCGCAGACUCGCGUCGAACGAGUCGCUGUCAUCAACAACUUUCUCUCCGUAGUGGAACCAUUAGAGUCUGAAUAUCACAUGAAAAAGUGCAGGCGACCAAAAUCGGAACAUUUAUCUUCUACUACCUUCUCUACAGUUUUCUGUGGCUUUGUUUCUGACGUCCGUCAUAAACGAGUCUGAAGCUGCUAGCUUCUGGAAGCUAACAACACCCUCAAGCUACCAGCUGAACGAAACAAACGUCUGUCGAGUCCCUCCUGCGUUGUGUUUGCAGAUUAUGACUCAAACUUCUCAAGUCUGGAAAAACGACACAAGCUAGCCGCUACCAAGCCACCAACCCCCUGAACAAGGAGCUGGACUGGGACAGUGUUCUGGGCUUUUGUGACCAGCUUGUCUCCGAAACAGAUGGGCCUCCGCUUGCCACCAGACUUCUGGCUCACAAAGUCCAGUCUCCUCAGCAGUGGGAGGCGAUGCAAGCGCUGACGGUUCUUGAGACGUGCAUGCAGAAGUGUGGGAAGAGAUUUCACAACGAAGUGGGAAAGUUUCGCUUUAUUAACGAGCUCAUCAAGGUUGUCUCGCCAAAGUAUUUAGGAACCCGAGCUCCAGAACCGGUGAAGAAGAAGGUUGUAGAAAUGAUGUUCAGCUGGACCGUGAACUAUCCCGACGAGACCAAGAUAGCUGAAGCUUACCAGAUGCUAAAAAAACAAGGCAUUGUUAAGCAGGAUCCUGUUCUUCCCUGUGACAAGCCGCUGCCGCCCCCUCCUCCCAGAGACAAAAGUGCCAUCUUUGAGGACGAGGAGAAAUCCAAGAUGCUGUCCCGCUUGCUGAAGAGUUCCCACCCUGAUGAUUUAAGAGCAGCAAACAAGCUCAUUAAGGAAAUGGUCCAAGAGGAUCAGAAGCGAGUGGAGAAAGUGUCGAAGCGAGUAAACGCCAUCCAGGAGGUGAAGGAGAGCGUCAGCCUGCUGAGCCAGCUGCUGGAGGGCUACAGCAAGGAGAGCUCCUCCCAGAGCAACCAGGAGCUCAUUAAGGAUCUUUAUCAGCGCUGUGAAAAAAUGAGGCCAACUUUAUUCAGAUUAGCGAGCGACACCGAGGAUAACGACGAGGCUUUAGCGGAUAUCUUGCAGGCCAAUGACAGCUUGACGCAGGUCAUCAAUCUGUACCGACAGCUGGUAAAGGGCGAGGAGGUGGCUAAAGAUGGAAUAACUGUGAUCUCACAACCAGACUCCAAGUCAGGCGGCUGUAAUUCAGCUCUUGUAGACCUGGAAGGACUUAAUAUUUCUGCCAAGACUGAACCGUCUAGUUUGGACUCUUCUGGCUCUCGAGUUCUGACUCGGAACGUGGGCCUGAGCCUUUUGGACGAUGAACUUAUGUCUUUAGGUUUGAAUGUAACAGAAAACUGUGACUCUAACAACACCUCUCAGACACUAAUUGCUGCUGAAACGUCUGCUGCAGCGCUGCAGCCAGCUGUUCUCCAAACGUCACACGCCCCACCAGUAGAGGCCGCCGCUGCUCCUCCAAAAGCCAUGGAAGAGCUGGACAUACUGGGAAAAACGCUGUUGAAACAGUCUCUACCUCCAGAGAGCCAGCAGGUCAAAUGGGAUAAACUCCAGCCUCAGUCCAGAGUCUCUUUGCGAGAUCUCCAAACCAAGUCGAGCAGCAGCUGUAAGUCUGCUCCUCCUGCAGCUUCCUCCUCCGUGGCUCCUCCUCCUGAGCCAACGUCCAGCCUGCUCAGCCACUCGGAGCCGCCUGACCCUCUCCUCCCCUCUAAUCUGAGCGUUGUAGAGAAAAAUGUCUCACUAGCUACCGAUCCUAGCGACAGCAUCUCUCUGGCAGACGUCCUGGUGCCUCUGGAGUCCAUCAAACCAAGCAGCUUGUUACCAGUGACCGUAUUUGACAAAUGCAGUCUCCGGGUCUUGUUCACCUUUGCACACGACUGUCCUCCAUCGAGGCCGGAUGUUCUGGUGGUGAUCAUCUCCAUGCUGUCCUCGGCUCCCAUUCCUGUCACCAACAUUCGCUUCCAGGCCGCCGUUCCCAAAGUGAUGAAGGUAAAGCUGCAGCCUCCCUCCUGCACUGAGCUCCCAGCCUUUAACCCCAUCCUGCCUCCAGCCGCCGUCACGCAGAUCCUCUUGUUGGCUAACCCUCACAAGGAAAAAGUGCGUUUGCGGUACAAGCUAACCUUCAACCUGGGGGACAACUUUCACGACGAAUCUGGCGACGUGGACCAGUUCCCACCUCCGAACACUUGGGGGAACCUUUAGUGAGAAGGAUGAGUCUGCUGUUGUCAUACCUGCAUCUUUACAUUUAAGUUCCUGCCGUCCUUCAGCGCCGUCUGAGGAAGACGAGCUGAUCGUGGUUUAAAACUCUGCUGUGCAAAUACCUGAGGUCAGGUGUGGAGACCGGUUGACUUUGUGCCUUCUCGUUCCUUCUUAGAUCUCGUCAGAGUUGCUGAAGGAGUUUAUUCUUCUUCUUCCUCUUCCUUCCAACCGUUGGGUCUGUGCAUUUAUACGCAGCUAACUGUCAGCCACACGCAGAGCAGCGACUCUGGAAGCUGAACGUGAGGUUCUCCGGUUUAGAUCCCGUUAAGCAGGUCCUGUGAAUCCGAAGUAACGGGUCUUGCUCUGUUGCAUCCUGGGUAAAAUGCUCUUUGGAAUCCAAACAAACAUCUAGGGAGAUUUAUGAUGGUCUUACCAAAAAUAUCAUGAAUUAAAAUGAACUUCCUGUCAAAUGAAAGCAUCCAUUUUUAUCAGAGGUGCAUCACUAACCAUCAUCUCUGAUGUCGGAGGUCCUUUCCUCUUAAAUGUAAUAACUGGCGCUCGUGGGUGGGUGUUGGUUUGUGUUUGGAUGAGGUGCUGAAUUCACUUGUUUGUUUUUUUUAGCUGCAAGGUUGAAGUGGAGAGGAUGACCUGAAUUAAACCAUUAAACUAGCCAGAAUAGUUCCGUUUCAUUAGUUACACCUAAUCUGUCCAAAAUCAAACAAAUAACUUUUCAUUUCUGCACGUUUUAGAUUUCUUACUGAUUGGUUUGAUUUCCUUUUCACAAUGUAAACUUUUAUGCACUAAUUUAAAGACAUUUUGCACAUGUAAGUCAUUCCUUCUCAUCGCCGUCGUCUUUCUACCGAUUCGUCCAACGAUGGACGUGAAGUUCGUGGAACAUCUGGUUGGAUUCUGCCACAUGUGCCUGAGAUCUGAUUUUUUUGUUGUUGUUUUUGUUUAUAAAUGACUUUGUGAACUGCGACACCAGUUGAUGUUCGAAUGUUUAUAAUACAGAUGUUGUUUGGAGGAGAAUCUAGAAAAACAACUGUUAUAGUAUUGUAAAUGCUAUGAAUUAUUCCUUGAAGUCAUUAAAAGUACAUUCAUGCUGCUGAAGUCCUGAGCAGACGGAGAAAUAAGAGUAAGUAAUCCCGACGCGGUGCUCGGCAUUUAUAAACCGCAUAUUUUAAGUGUGUGUGCAGUAACACUGGAACUGUUUUAACCAGGAAAUACUCAAAACUAUAUUUUUACGUUUUGUUCUUAAAAAUCAAUUUUUUUUAUGCACAAAACCCAGAAAAUGUUGACAAACGAAGAGAUUGUAAGUUCCAGUACUGAUCGGCAGGAAUGUGUUUCUGGGGCGGAGAAAAGCGAUUCUCUAUCAAACACUCCUAAAAUAAAGCAAACACAAAAACA